GAUUUGGCCACCCCCUGGCCUUUGGCCUGUCUAAAAAGGGGCUCCCCAUUAUAUCUCCUGCACCCACUCUUUUUCUUUCCCAUCUCCUGCCACCCCAGGAUGAUCUGUUUGCUGACUUGGCCAACCUGAGCCACCUCUUCCUGCAUGGGAAUCGCCUCCGGGUGCUCACCGAACACGUCUUUAGGGGCCUGGCGGGGCUGGACCGGCUCUUGCUGCAUGGGAACCACCUGCAGAUUGUCCAUCCGGCGGCCUUCCGGGGCCUGGCCCGCCUCACCAUCCUCUACCUAUUCAACAACAGCCUGGCCUCGCUGCCGGGAGAGGCCCUGGCCGACCUCCCUGCGCUGGAGUUCCUGAGGCUCAAUGACAACCCCUGGGUGUGUGACUGCCGUGCCCGGCCUCUCUGGGCCUGGUUCCAGAGGGCCCGGGUCUCCAGCUCAGACGUCACCUGCGCCACCCCCCCUGAGCGCCAGGGCCGAGACCUCCGGGCCCUCCGGGAGUCUGACUUUGAGGCCUGCCCCCCCGCCGCUCCGACUCGACCAGGAGGCCGUGCCCGGGGCAACAGUUCCUCCAACCACCUGUAUGAGCUGGGAGAAGCUGGGGGGGCCCCCCCUGCGGAUCCCUCUACCUUAUACCGGGACUUGCCGGCCGGAGACCACAAGGGCUCCCAGGGGGGCGACACCCCCACGGAAGAAGACUUUUGGAGUCACUAUGGGGAUGAGGACGGGAGGAAGGGAGAGGUGUGCUCUGGCCCGGCCUGCCCCACCUCUCUGGACUCUGGAGGCCCUUCCCAGCACCACGGUCUGCCCACCCCUCUGCUCUGCCUCUUGUUGCUGGUCCCCUACGGCCCCUGAUGGGCAGCCUGGCACUUGAAGGGGCAGCGAGUGGAAGGAGGGCAGCCAAGGAUGGAGGCUAAGGGGGAACAGGGGUCUAGAUGGCCCUCUGCCUCCAUCCGCUCUUUUCUGCUGCUCCCUUUGCACUGACUCGUUCCCCCUCCCCACCUUUUCCAGGACACUCUUCCAUGGGACACAUCAUCCUCCCAGGCCCUGCUCUUGUCCUCAGGAUGCUUACUAUGGGCAUUCCUCCUCCGUCUUCUCUCCUAACCCCAGCCACUAGCUCCUCCCUCCUCUUCCCAGGGCCGGGCUUAGGUUGUCCACAGAUCCACCUGCAGCCCCUUUGGGGGCCAGAAUAGUACUUGAGGGAGGGAGUAUUUGCUUUCCAGAGCCGUGUCCGUCAGCCGAACCUCCCCAGUGGAUCGGAGCUCCUAAUGCGACAACAUGCCGGACGAAGACUUGCCCCGCAUCCCCGCCAAAGACUAUCGUGGGGUAGUACCCCAAAGAAGGCCAUUCAGAUCCUGGCAAUGGAUGCCCCCCAGUGCUCCAGCUUAUCCUGGCCCUCCCCAAACCCCUGAGAAGGAAGGGAAGUUUUCCCCAUCCGUCUCUUCUGGACAUUUUUGGGGGCAAGGGGGCUCCCGGAGACCUUUCUUCUCCAUCAU